AUGUCGUGGCCGUCAGUCGGCACUUUGACCCGCAAAGUUCCGGACUCAGCGUCCCAAGUUUGUCUUCGAAUGUCAGUCUCCGAAGGGGCGCCGAAGAGUCAAAUAAACUCAGGCUCCGAUGCGUACCCAAGUGCAGAAAAUUUCGAUUGUGGGCUUGAGCUAGAAGUCGAAGAGAGCGUAGAAGAUGCCGACACUGAACUCUCAGCUUUUAGGCUAGGUGUGCCUAAGCCUGAGUCUAAGGGACGAAAAGUCGAGUAA